AUGGCUAUUAACGAGGAUGUAGUGUACGAGGUGAAUGACAAAGGUGAGCGCAUCGUAGUUAAAUCGAUAGAAUCUGAGAAUACAGCUUAUCUUCGUUUCACGAAUCGGACAUCUCGGCCCGUAGAUGUCUGGUGGCGGGAUUUCCAGGGUAUCAAACGCCAUUACAUCCGCUUGGAAGCUGGCGCUUACUACGACGUGAAUUCAUUUCUAACACACCCAUGGGAAUUUACUGAUGCCUCAACCAACGAGAGUUUUGUUAUUAAUAAUCAAGUUAUAUUUAGGGCGCCUAAUCAUGUAGGUGGUAUGUUGUAUAGGACGAAUUGGAACAUAUCUGUGAUGGUACGUCCUUUAAGAAGGGCAGCUCUGUUGGCUUUGGCUACGUUAUUGCCUAAUCCAGAGGCUGCGACAGUGCUGGGCUUACCUAUGAUGCUAGGCAGGGAACUGGCGGAGUUAGUAUCUACACUGCAGAAUACUCCGGAAAUUGUGAGCGUUGAACAUUAA